UAGGGUUUUAAUUUUUGAACUACGGGAAUGGAUGAGUCAAACGUGUCGCAAGAACUUCUGAAUAGUAACAGAACCGAAAUCGCCAGAUGCGUGUUGUUAAAAGAUUUAGUGGUAAUGUACGGUGGAUACGAAGUUUACGCAAAUCACGUGGACCUUCUUAUGUGUUUUCAUCAAUUGAUGAUUGUCCUUGGUGAAAUGCCCCUAUCUCACAGUGGAAUUGUGCUCAUGCUUCAUACAUCAACACUCAUCACAAAGUUGACCCAUGUUAUCGAUAAAAUGCCGAUGCAUCCUAUCUUUGGCUAAUUGUUGGAGUAAUAAGAAAAACACUCAAGAGUGCAUGUUUUCUGGUUUUGUUGUGCCGUCUUUAAGCUGGAUAACAGUUCUCUUGAAUAAAAAUGUUUGUUGAUAA